AUGCCAGACAUCACAAUCACCAACAGCAACGUCUGCGCAUCUGCCAGAAAACGCCCCUUUACCAUACAGGGCGCACUCGAUGAGCGAUCCCCAGAUAAAAUAACAGUAUGGGGGCGCAAAGGUACAACUUCGGCCCUCGGGGGCAUGGCAUGCCUUGCCAUGAUGGUGACCUGUCCAAUGGUUACGGUUUUCUGGUGGGCGUCCCUCAGCCAUUAUGACGGCUCUCUUUACCGCGCGGGCGUAUCGAUGGUGAAAGCUGGUCUGAUACCGUUCUUUGUACAAAAGACACCCGGGACGACUCUCUCGGUAGCGACUGUAUACGGCUGCUGGACGCUGUCGCAUGUCAUCCUAUACUCUUUCUUGCCGGGCACGCGAUGCAAGGGCCAGCUCACCCCGGCUGGAAACCUGCUGGAAUACAAAAUAAACGGUUUCCUUGCCUGUGUAGUGUCGAUAAUACUGGCUGGUGGCCUUCACUGGUACGGUCUCUUUGAUUUGACCUUUGUGGCUCAGAAUUGGGGAGGCUUCGUGUGUUUGUUUAAUAUCUACGGCUUGCUGUUGGCAUUGGUAUUUUACAUAAAAGCCCAUGUUUCUCCUACUCAUCCAGAAGAUAGGAAGUUUAGUGGAUCUGUGUUUUACGAUUUUUAUAUGGGCAUUGAGUUUAAUCCCCGUUUGGGCGCGGACUGGGAUAUGAAGCUCUUCCACAACGGACGUCCAGGCAUGAUUGGAUGGCUGAUAGUGUACUUGAAGACGCUCGAUAUGUGCCACGACCAUUUUGGGUUCUACUUCUCCUGGGGUAUUGCCGCGUGGCUUCCGGUGAUGUAUACUCUGCAAACACAAUAUCUGGCAACCCACCCUAUCAACCUCUCAUCUUGGGCUGCGGCUUUAAUCUUGGCUACAGCAAACCAUCAGAAGUACCUAUCCAGAGCUACGAAUGGAAAAUGCAAAAUAUGGGGUAAAUCACCGGAAUUCAUCCGUGCUAAGUACAAGACAGCGGAAGGGUCCAUUCAUGAAUCCCUCUUGCUAUGCUCAGGUUGGUGGGGGUUGGUUCGUCAUGCAAAUUACCUAGGUGAUUUGAUCCUUUCCUACUCUAUGUGUGCCACUUGUGGGUUCACCAACCUACUUCCGUGGACCUAUGCCAUAUACAUGACGAUCUUGCUGGUUCAUCGAUGCUAUCGUGAUGAAGUGAGAUGCUACAAUAAGUAUGGAGAAUCGUGGAAGGAGUACUGUGCUAAAGUCCCGUACCGAAUUAUCCCGGGGAUUUUCUAG